GUGAAGAUGACAUACAGUACCAUCUACCGUAUCAGAUCGAGGUCGUUCCUCCUCUCGGGACUCUUCUACAUCAUCCACGAUGUAUCUGAUAUCCAGUGUUACGCUAGAUGUCUACUUUCCACGAGAUGUUUGUCGGUCAACUACAAAAGGGCCAAUCAAAUGUGUGAGAUUUCCAACGUGACCGUGGCCACAGCUUCCUCUGCCACGCCCAUCGAUCUGAUGAACAACGACGAAUACCACUACAUGGACAAAUUGGACUUCCCCGCCGGAUUGAUUGGACAAUGUGGUGACAGUUCUGAUCCAGUACACAGCUGUGGAAUUCAAACCCCUAGCUGUUCUCUUGACGGAGCAAUCGACCACAUCAUGGAGGAGAAAGAAAAUCAGCUUCUUGCACAUAGCUCGUGUCUUAUUAACGGACUUACGGAAAUGUGUGAUACCUCCAACAAAUCGUGGCGUCCUCAUACACCAAACUGUGCAGGCACACCCCCUCAAGUUCGAUCCAAUGCAACAUACACACUGAGUGAGAAUGAGGCCAAAGUCACGUAUGAGUGUGUUGACGGGAAGGGUAUUGUCACUUUCUCAAAAUAUGAUGUUUUGACAAGGUCCUGGUCGCUGCCCGACUUAGAGUGUACACCUUUGCCAAUAAAUUGGGAAGAUCCGUCUCCCAUAGCUGUCGCGGGUAUCGAAACCUUUGUGGUGCGUCCUUAUGAUGGUUUGGAGACUCUUGGUAACAAAAAGAUCGUUGGAGAUUAUUGCCUUGUUCAACACAAAUGCAAACAACUGACAGCUACCCAACCUAUCAGCAGUUGUCCCGUAUCUAGAUGUGACGGGUACUUCAACUGGACAGACGCUACCUUGUCUUGCUCAGAUGUGACGAUGACUGUUUCGAUGGGUAUCUUUAUCGGGGACGAGUCAAUUGUACAGUCGGAGGCAUACCUUGUCAGCGCUGGGACGCCCAGAUUCCUCAUCAUCACGUUAUCCUCAAAGGCCGGACUGAUCUUGGAGCCAGAUGCAAAAAUAAGAAUGAACCUCGGCCCUGGUGCUACACCACCGAUCCUAAGAUCAGAUGGGACUGGUGUCCUGUGGACGAUUGUCAGUGAAAGUACUUGA